CUCGGAAAUGAAUAUGCAGGAUGAUACGCUAAGUGGAACAUUGGCUUCUGUGGAUAUUGCCACAGAACAAAACUUGAAUGAUUUGGUAAAAGUUGGAGAGGCAUUGUUGAAGAAACCAGUUUCGAGAGUGAAUUUUGAUACCGAUAAAUCCAAGCCUGUUCGUCCUGAGGUUACAAAUGCAGAGGCUCUUGUGAGGAUAGCGAGCGUUCUCUCUAAGGAGAGGGCUCAGAGGAGCAAGGUCGUUCAUGAAAGGACAUGAUCAGCAGCACCACCAAAGAAAUAAUAUGCUGCUCUCAUACGUAUAUAUAAAAAAUUCCUUUUAAUUAUGUUUAAUCUUCAAGAAAAAUAAGAGGCCAUCAAAGUCAUGAUGAAAUGCUAAGUCAAUUAUUUUAUUUUAUUUCUUCAUGUAAUUCAGUACUGAAAUUAUUUUCUCCCAAUGUAAGCAAGAAAUUGUUUA